UUUCAAUGCAAUCUCGGGAAUUCAUUGACGAAAACGAAGAGACUUGCAGUCAAGCAUUCGAAAAACAAAUGUUGUUUUUUGAAUUAUGUGAUACUGGCAUUGGCAUAGAUUCCAAAUAUUUACAACAUGUUUGGGAAAGCUUUUCACAAGCUGACAUGUCAAUAACUAAGGCGAAAGAUGGUGCAGGACUUGGUCUUUCAAUUUGUAAAAGUCUAGUAGAAAUUAAUGGAGGUCAAAUAAAAGCAGAAAGUGAAUUGGGAAAAGGAAGUAAAUUUUCGUUUACAUGGAAUAUUGAAUUAUUAUCAACGACAUCUUUGCCAAGAGAGUCUCAAUUUAAUGAGCAAAUAAGAUAUGUAUUUCCUCGUGCAUUAAGGAAAAAACGAAUAUUAAUUAUUCAUUCAGUCGAAAGUGUGAGAAACUCAUUGUUGAAAUAUCUUAAAACGGUCGAAAUAGUUGAUGCAUUUGAUACCUUUGAUAAAGGUAUUGAAGCUGCAAAAACAUAUAAAGAAUUAUAUCAACGUACUUAUGAUAUGGUGUUUAUCAGCCUUUAUGAAAAUAACAAAGAAGAAGUUAUAAAUGCUGUGCUAGAGUUAAAACAAUUGGAAAUAAAUAGAAAUAACUUAGCAAUAAUAUUUAUAGUAUUUACAAGUGAUGAAGGAACUAAAUUAGCAGGAGAACUAAUUGGAAUUGUUUCGGGAACAGCUUUCGCUAUUUACGCACCAAUUACUUGGACUAAGUUAAUUAAUCAAUUUAAGCAUAUGCAAAUAAUAAGCUAA